UAGGAUAGUAAGACAGACAGUGUACGUCUGAAACUUACAUUUCUCCCGGCCAGUUGCAUUUUCUCCUAUAUACACAUGGUCCAUAUAUAGUCCAUACUUUAUACUCCCAAAACAAAUCUUCUGCAAUUUGGUUGCUUAAGUGAUGAUCAAACUACAUACUAAAUUUUUCAUGUGUUGCAUCUUCAUUUUACCAUUCAUAACAUCUCAGGAACCUACUCACUGUAUCCAGUCAUGCCCGGGUGGAAAACUCACACAAGUCCCCUACCCAUUCGGCUUCUCCCCAGGUUGCGAAGUCCAGCUCAACUGCACCUCCAACGGCACUGUUAUGAUAGAUGAAUUUCCUGUCCAAGAAAUCAAUCCUGAUGACUUGGUUGUCACCCUGCCGACCACAUGCGGCCGCCCUAUUAGCUCCCUUGGCCGCCUCUAUAGCAACAACUAUGCUCUCACAUCUACCAGCGCCAUCCUCAUGGAAAACUGCACCGAUGAGACGACAAACUGUAAUCUCCCUGUCCCACUUCCGCAAUUUCGGAGUGCCAUUGUCAAUUGUAGCAGUGUUGGUUAUGGUAACAUGAGUUGUUACGUAGGUGAUGUUAGAACUAGCAUGUUUCUUGAUUAUGGUAAUUUGACAAGCCUGGAAUGCAAAUUUCUGUUAACCGGUUUUGUGUCACGAAGGAUUGGAGGUGUCGGGCCACCCCCUUCAAUGACACGAGCAGUUAACUUAGGAUGGUGGGUCAAGGGGGCUUGCAACUGUUCUGAUGGGGCUGAUUGUAUGAAAAUUUCGUCACCAACAGACGGCAGUGAUGGGUAUCGAUGCAUGUGUAGAAGCGGGUUCCAUGGAGAUGGGUACAAAGCCAGCUCCGGUUGCUUGCGAGAAUCCAAGAGAGCUACAAAGACGAUUAUAAUCAUAGGUGUUUUAUGUGGUACUGUAGGAACCGUGCUUUUGCUGUUUGUAAUACUCUAUGUAAAAAAGGGGGAAUUGAAGACUCAAGGGGUUGUCGGGCGACACAAAACGUCUCUUUUUGGGGGAUCAACAAGAAAUCAUCAAAUAGAAAAAUUCAUAAGUAACUAUGGAAAUUUGGCACCAAAGAGAUUCACUUAUAAGGAAAUAAAAAAAAUGACAAAACCAUUCCCAGAAAAACUGGGGCAAGGGGGCUAUGGAAGUGUUUACAAAGGACAAUUGCCAGAUGGGAAGCUAGUUGCAGUAAAACUUCAAGCUGAAACUCGGGGAGAUGGAGAAGAUUUCAUUAACGAAGUUGCUAGCAUCAGUAGAACUUCACAUGUCAACAUAGUCACACUCUUGGGUUUCUGCAUCGAUGGAGAGAAAAGAGCGUUGAUGUAUGAGUUCAUGCCAAAUGGAUCCUUGGAUAAGUUUCUACAUGAAGAUGGCUCUCGUCUAGACUGGAACACAUUAUUCCUAAUUGCAAAAGGGAUUGCACGGGGUCUAGAGUACCUGCAUCAAGGUUGCAACACUAGAAUUGUGCACUUUGAUAUAAAGCCUCACAACAUUCUAUUGGACGAAGAAUUUAUUCCCAAAAUAUCUGAUUUUGGGCUGGCUAAGUUGUGCAAAAGAAAAGAGAGUAUCAUGUCUGUAAUGGGUGCAAGGGGUACUGCAGGGUACAUGGCCCCUGAAGUAUUUUUCAGAAGUCUUGGAGGUGCAUCUCACAAAUCUGAUGUGUAUAGCUAUGGGAUGAUGGUUCUUGAAAUGACAGGUGUACGAAAACGCAAUAAUGCUAACAUGACAAGCUCAAAUGAUGGAGUUUUUCCCGAAUGGAUAUACAAGCAAGUGGAAGCUGCAGGCAAUCUAGAAGACUAUGGGGUGACAACCGAAGAGGAAGAGAAAUUAGCUAGAAAGAUGAUGAUACUGAGCCUGUGGUGCAUUCAGUCUGACCCGUCAGCUCGGCCAUCCACAAGUAAAGUCGUAGAGAUGUUGGAAGGAAGCUUUGAAUCAUUGCAAGUUCCACCAAGACAUUUCAGGUCAUUUCCUACAAAGCCUCCCGAAGGCGCUUCCCCAUUAGCCACACAGAGUUCAACCAGUGAGAGGCUACUCACGAUGCAGACUGCAGGGGAAGACUUCUCUUCCUAACAUUUCCGACUACAUGUGUAGCUAGCUUUAAUGUCUUCUUCAUGUUUAAUAAAAAGCUUAACAUUAUGUUGUUAGAUAUCUCUAGUAAUCAUUGUGUAUACGAAGCAAGAACUCAGCAAAACCGAACCCAAAAACUUGUAACAAGAAACAACAAAAUAAUAUUCUUCUAUGGCCAUUAUUAUCUCGAAUUCACACACUGAA